CUUUGAUUCUCAGCGAUUGAUGCCAAGGAGCGUCUCGUGAACCUUCCAGUCAGAUGACAGCAAUGAAGUCCGCCAGCGCCGCCAAGAAGCAAAGCUCCCACGGACAGUCACGAUGGCGGUUCGCAGCAGCGAUGGUGGCGGCGAGCGCCCUGCUCGUCAUCGGACUGGUCACCCUCCCGAUGAUGACCGUGCAUGAGGAGGAGCCCGCACGCAGACGCCUCGGCAUCUUCUCGGGCCUCCUGCCCCGGAACUUCCUCAACUCCAUCAGAAAGUGAGACACACACGCGCCACCAUGCACCCUGUCACCGCACAAAUUCCGUACAUGUGUGGCUCUCUCCUCCUCUGUGUGUGCAGCGUCGUGAGCUUCGGCAACUGGGGCGCAGACGUCGGCCGCAACCGUGUGGAGCGCGCCACGAGUGUCGGCGUGGGCAACUCGAACAACUUCAUCGGCGUGGGUGCCAACCAGCAGGAGCGGUCCUUCCAGACAGACGUCCUCGCCGGGCCGGCCUCGGUCAGCGCCGGGGCCUCAGAGGAGCUCGGCAGUGCCGACGUCAGCGGAGGGGUGGGUGUGGGCUCCGGCGCGUUGGGGCUGAGCGCUCUCGGCUCAUCCAUCCUCCCCGGCAUAGCCACACCUCGUGGCAGGAGGAGCAGAGCUAGUAGCCGCUCGACGGGGCGAGGCCUGCAGGCCGAUGAGGCGGCGGAGGCCGCCGGGCCGACCCCUGCGGCGAGUGAGGACUACUACGGUGACGCCCCGGACCGCGACAUCAUGGAGGCCGCACUGGACGAGGCAAAUGCCGCCGAGCCAGCAGAGGAGGACAGCGAGAGCGCCGAGGCAGCCAAGCCGGCCGAGGAGGGUGAUGCGUCGGAGGGGGAGGAGAUCCUCGAGGGCCGGCCUCCCGGCCCUUACCGCGACCCUUCUGCUGGCACUCCAAUGUUCCCCGAUCAGCCAGAGGGUGACCUGCCGCUGCCCCCAGCUGCUCACCCCGAGCCCGCCUCUGAGGCUGGUGAGGCCGCCGAGCUGCCCCAGGCCUCCUACUCGUCCCAGCCCCGCCCCCGCCCCUCCUACUAUGGCGACGAUGAGGAGCACGAGCAGCCUGCGGCUCACGAGCCCGAGGCGGCCCCCGAUGCCUCGCCAGAGGAAGCCGGUGAGGCCGACCUCCCCGACUACACCCACCAAGUGACCUACGAGCUGGACCAGGAGGCCCGCACCAUCGGCCGCAACCGCUCCAAUGACACGCCCAUCUCCACCGGCGAGUGGCUGACCGUCGAGCAGCAGCAGCAGCAGCAGCAGGCCGCGGAGGACGGUGAGGCCGCCGAGGACGCCGAGGGCGAGCGCGCUCCCCGGCCUCGCCCCCGCGGCAGACCUGAAGGCGACGACUCGGGCCCGGUCAAGCGCUCGGUCGAUUGGGCCGGCGGCGUCAUCGACAACAUGCGCGACCGGCUUCAGGGUCUGUCGACGGACAUCGAGAAGAAGAUCCUGGAGAGAGAUCCCGACGGCCAGCUCUUCCCACUGGAGUUCCGUGAGGAGACGGUGGAGAAGAAGCGGGCGCAGAGGGAGAAGGAGCGUAAAGGCAAGGGCCCUCCCCCGCCACCGCCAGGACGUGCAGGCAAGGGCAAGGGCAGCAUGGGCAAGGGCAAAGGCAAGGGGUCAGCGGCCAAGCGCGAGAAGGACCACGUGAUGGACGGUGAGGUGAAGAUGGCCUCCAAGGCUGAGGCUGGCCACAAGAAGGUCGAGGAGGGCCUGUUGUCGGCCCAUGCACACGCCACGCAGGCCUCCAAGUGGGACCGGCAGAUGGGGGGGCCGAGGGACAGCAGCAGCAGCAGCAGAGAGGGUGGCAAGGGGCCAAAGAGCCGCAACACUCAAGACAGCUAGACAGACAGACAGCUGUAUGCUAUCCUUUGCACACAUACAUACACACAUACAUACACACAUCACAUACAUGUGAUGUGCGCGUGUCGUGUAGGUGUGCAAAGGAAGGUUGAUGCAAUACCCAUCAGCCAGCCAGCCAGCCAGGCACACAUGUGUUUGUCGAUAACAAUGUAUUGCAAUGUCCCGAGAGGGGAGGGGAGGGGAGGGGAGAGGGAUGGGGGAGAGGGAGGGCUUCGUGUACAUGAAGGACACACAGAUACACACACCAUACUAACAGGUUUAUAGGUGAGUGAUUACUCGGCUGGCUGUCUUUACGUUGCUUGCGCACGUUUGUUGAUUGGUUGAGUGAAUGAAUGGCUGGCUGGCCCACGUCGUUUUCUGCAGAAUGGGAGGGAUACGCACCACCAGACACCAGAGAGAGGGAAAGGCAGAGGGGCAGGGGCGUAGUUGAUUGAAUUCAGUCCAA